AGUUAUUGUGAUGGCGACCGCUAAGAAACUAACAGACAACCACCUCACCUGUGUCAUCUGUACAGAGGUGUUCACAGACCCUGUCACACUUGAAUGUAAUCACACAUUCUGUAAGACCUGUCUGCUAAAAUACACCAACACCCAGCCACACGCAAUACAAGCCAAAUGCAUCCCAUGUCCCUCCUGUAGACAGCUGACGAAGGUGACCAACCCUGUCAGUCCAGUUGAGGAGUGGGUCGGUCAGCUAAAACCAAGCCACGUUAUCCAAGGGCUGAUGGACGACUUUGGACCCAGGGCAGAAGCUGCCAAUGUGAAUAUCUGCAUUGUUUGCAAACAACAAGGGAAGACAACUCCUGCCACGUCGUGGUGUUCCGUCUGUGAUGAUUUCUUCUGUGAUGGAUGUCUGAAGAUGCACAACAUGAUACCAACGUCACGUGACCAUGAAGUUGUGGAUGUGUCUGGUGCUACCAAGAGAAAAUCUAAGCAGCGCUUCAUGUGUAAUAUCCACAAAGACAAACAGAUAGAGUUGUUCUGUAAAGAUUGUAGGAUGGCCAUUUGUCAUACAUGCUGCAGUAUAAAACACAGGAAAUGUGACGAUGUCGAUACUUUAGAUAGUAUGACCCCUUUUGUCAGAGAACACCUGUCAAAUCAAAACCAAAAACUGAAAAUCAAUAUGACAACUUCAGAAAAUAACAUUAUCUUCAGGAAAUCUCAAAUCAAAGAAAUAAAUUCCAAUGCGCAAAAUAUCAAAGAUGGUAUCAGAAAAACACGACAGGCAGUGGUAGACAUGAUUUUAAGGAAGGAGAAACAACUCCUUGAUAAAGUCGACCGAUCUUCUGGCGAACAAUUACAUACAAUUCAAGCAGAAAUAAAAUCCCAGGAGAUUGAGCUGCAGAUGUACCAACAGCAGUAUGAGUUCACAGCCAAUGCUGUGACGUCCAACUGUGAGAUGGACAUGUAUGCCGUCUAUGAGUCGGUGCGUGAGACGUCUACAGACAUCAGAGACACGGACAACAGACCAGUGCCAGGAAGGGUUGUAUUCACACACGACAUGGACAACAGAUCAGCGUCAGGAAGAGUUGUAUUCACACACGACAUGGACAAGCUGAGUAAAGCAGUGGAAGAGCUACAGCUGGGGGAGGUUGCUGUUGUCCGUGGUGUGAGUGACCGCCAGUCUACCCCUGUUCUACAUCACACUAUUGACUUUAAGGCGGACGGGGAUGAGACGCAUCCGUGUUUGUGUGACGUCACAGUGUUAACUGUUGACGGUAUAAAUGUGACAGUAGUUGCAGAUAACACUAACAAGAGCCUCAAAACAUAUUACACAUCAAAACCAAACACGCAUGUUAAUCAGCUACUGCUUUCUGAUUGGCCGUCGCAUAUAGCAAAGUUAAGUGAGAGUCAGGUAGCUCUCAGUCUUCCACGGAGUAAGCAAAUAGUUACAGUGAAUGUCACCCCAGAGCCUGUAUUGCUGUCAACUAUCAAAACAAGCAAGAUGUACUUUGCCCUGGCCUGUCUGAGUCCUUCACAGCUGGUGGCAGGUACAUAUGGACAGUCUCACUCUGUGGACAUACUGGACAUGACAGGGAAGAUACUGAAGUCUGUCAACACGGGCGUCAUAAGGAAUCCAGACAAUAUCCAUGUCACCAGUCAUAACGACUUGAUAGUCAGUGAACGAGGAGUCAGCUACCUUGUAUCUGUGACCAGUGAAGGAGAAGCUGUUUUCACCUACACUCCCACAGGAGACAGAGCUUUGACAGGGCCUUGGGGUAUCACCACAACCAGCACAGGAGAUGUCCUGCUUGUAGACGGAUACUCCCACAAGGUGAUUCAGCUGACAGAGUCGGGGCAGUUUGUCAGAGAUGUCCUCACACAACAGGAUGAUCUGGAAUAUCCUCGUGGUAUCUGUCUUGAUGGGGACGGGUUUCUGUAUGUUACGUGUGACCCAUAUGUGAAAGUAUUCACAUUUGUAAAAUCCGUACAUAAUCAAAUAACAUAAAACAAUUCCUGAAUCAGUCCAAGUCCUGGUCUUGCUCGUUGCUGAUUUCAAAGGCAAUUCACAAAGUUAACUCAAUGAUCAGCUGAUCCCAAGAAGCCCAAUCUCACAGCAUUACACCUGAUGUGAUCACGUGACAUGAGUCAGCUGACCUAGAACAGUGAUAUUAUUUCCUGUUUGAUAUAUCGUAUGUUGUCAGUGAAUUCCUUAACCUGUUGAACUGUUAAUCAUGAUUGGAUUCUGUUUGUAGUUUUAUGUAUACAGAUACAUUUGUUAAGUUGGUGCUCGCACGUCUUCAUUGACCUUCUCGCAGAAACGUCCAGCAGUUCAUAACAUAGACUUACUAUCGGCAGGAGUGGUGUUAACUUGUGUUGGACACAUAUACUUAACACCAGACGGACUUUAUUACCAGGUUCUGUCUACAACAGCAACUUGUGCAUCCUUCCUCGUGAGUUUGACAUAAAUUUGUUUUAGCGUUAUUAUCGUUACAGAUAAGAUAAUACUGAGUGGACGCUUUGAGAAUUGUUUAAGUGAUAUUACGUAUGAUCAUUGUUAUUAAACGUUUGUGAUGUUACGGCCGCGUUAGUGAUAGAAGCUCCCGUAAGAUAUCAAAAUACAAACCAACGAAAAGAAGCUCUCGCUGUCAAAAUAUAUCCAAGCGUUUCAGAGCCGUUAUCGCUCGAGUUGUGUUGAAGGAAAACGGGGCUUUAAAACCCAGAAAUUAAAGGGGAUGCGAUGCCAUAGUUUAAUCAUUUACUCUCAUCAUUUGUUAGAUAUUGCCUAUAUACUUGUAUAUAUGGAAGAAACUAUAGAAAGAAUUGUAAGGAAACAAGUAGCGAAUCAAUUGAUAAGUGUAUAUCACUGAAUAUCUUUAUACAAUGAAUUACUGCAAUUUAAAAGUCCAAAGUUGAAAACUGUAAGGACCUCUUUGAUAAAUUUUAAAUUAUCAUACAUGCUCUGUCAGCUAAAUACACGGUUUGGUUAAAAGUCGCCAUCCUACGUAACGUUUAAAGGUUUUCUUCCAACAUUAAGCCGACAUAUAGUGAUAUAACUGAUAUAUUCAUAGCAGCUUUAACAUCAAACCCUAUAUAAUUACUCAACAUAGUGUCAAAUUUCAGAAAUACAGCGUCGUUUGGUAAACAGGUGUCAGAAUUCCUGAUGGAAUUGAGCCUUGUCUUAUUAACAGGUACAACUUCAAAUACUAAAGCAUUAAACACAUAUCCUCACAA